CUUUGCGGUAAGCUGAAAAUGCGGAAGUAAAUGUGCAACUUUGGUUUCGUGACUUCGAAACUAGCUUGCUGUUACUUUCGCGAGAUAUAUUUGUUCAUCUAAGACGUCAUACUGGUAGGAAACAUGGAGAAACGGGACAGAGAGACACUUAGAAAGAACAGAGUGUUCUUGUUGGACAACAUUGACUCUUUAGAUCGACUGAUAGAUGAAUUACUUGCUGCCCCCGAUAUGCCUAUCGUCACCGAGAGCAUGAUGGACUCAAUACAGAGUAAUCCCACCAAAGAGAGGAAGAUCGGCGCCCUGCUGGACCUGCUGCCCAGACGAGGUCCGACGGCGUUCACGGCUUUCUGCGCCGCCCUGCGCAAAACAGAACAAGGCUUCAUCGCCGACCAGCUGCAAGGUGUGGUGACGGAGGUGGAGAGGAAAAUGGAAACCCUGACUGUCAGCGUACCGCCGGAGGGAGAAGUUGACCAGGCAGAUGUGAUCCCUUUGGACAACAAGGAGGGUCCCAUUUCAGUCGUGGUGAAGCCGUGCACGCAGGAAUUUGUCAAUGAAACAAGGGUGAAACACGCGCCGUACAAGAUGGAUGCCAACCCCCGAGGUCUCGCUCUCAUCCUCAGUAACACCAGAUUCGGUCAAGCAAGUCAACUUCUUGACAGGAAGGGAGGAGAGAUUGAUCUUCAAAAUGCGACACAUCUGCUCGAAGGCCUUGGAUUUGCAACGUUUCCAGAAGAGGAUAAAAGUGCAAAGGAUAUGCUCUUGAUUCUGAAGAACUUUGCCGCCAAAGAAGAGCACAAGACAGCCGACGCCUGCAUCGUUGUCCUGAUGUCUCAUGGUGCCCGGGGCCUAAUCUACGGCACCGACGGAGAGACGGUCAAGUACAAGGACAUCUUUGACAUGUUCAACAACAAGGAAUGUCCCAAUCUGCAGGGAAAACCAAAGUUAUUCUUCAUCCAGGCCUGCAGAGGGGACGCCGUUGACAAGGGAACAGAUGCGCCAGAUUUUGGGGGAAAGCAGCAGAUGCAAGAGCUUCUCGGACCGAAGACAACGGGAACCGAUCAACCAGACUCUAACGCUCCCUUACCUACAAGGACUGACAUGGUGUUUGCCUACGCCACACAGGAAGGAAACGUUUCAUUCCGGAACUCGAAAUACGGAAGCUGGUAUAUCCAGACCAUAACCAAUGUCUUCAUGACGCACGCCAAAGACAAGGAGCUGUCUUCAAUGCUGAGGAUGGUCAACAGGCUUGUGUCCCAAAAGAGUGCUUCGUGCCCGGAAACUCCAGAACAUCACGGCGGGAAGGAGUGCUGUGAGUUCGUGGACACACUGAGACAUGACUUCUACUUCUUUCCCGGGAAUUAUAAGAAUACGUAGAUUAACGGAAGAAAAUGACAUAUUUGGGGGAGGGGGCUAUCAUAUUUGCAAGAAUUUUUGUUCUAACUAUACCGUACCACUGGGAAAAACUGUGAAACUACUGACGUUUAAUUAAAUCUAAAAUUACAGACAUAUCAUGGGCGCUUAGUACUUUGUUUUCAAAGUGCUGAAACAGUGUAGCUAGAGCAAAAUGCUGCCCAGAAAAUCGUAAGAAAGCGAACAAGGGCCAGCACCCGAUUUAAGAACUAAGGCGUUAUAUGCUAGCAGUAAGGGAUUAUAUUCCAUUAAAGUGAGUAUGCUAAAUGAGGUUCUGUAAAGAAGAGCAUUCCUUGAUCAUGAUAUAAAUAGUAUAUAGUCGAAAUCUAGCCUCGAAUUGAAAAUUGAACAUUAAUGGAUCAGUUGUAUAACGGUUUGACUUUGUCACUCCUGUGUUAAGAAAGUCCUUGUUUAUCAGUGUAUUGAAUAAAA